AUGGCGGCCAUCUUGGGGGGCCGAGUGGUGGUGCCCAUCCUGCUGGACCCGGACAUCAACGGCCGCCAGUACUACCGGCGGGGCCCCGAGGACCCCGGGGCUCAGGGGCUCAUUUUUCAGAUCACGGCGUUUCAGGAGGACUUUUACCUCCACCUGACACCGGAUGCCCAGUUCCUGGCGCCCGCCUUCGCCACUGAGCAUCUGGGGGUCCCGCUCCAGGGGCUCCCCGCGAACUCCCCGGACCUGCGACGUUGCUUUUACUCGGGGGACGUGAACGCCGAGCCGGAUUCGUUCGCGGCCGUGAGCCUGUGCGGGGGGCUGCGCGGAGCCUUCGGUUACCGAGGCGUGGAGUAUGUCAUUAGCCCGCUGCCCAACGCCAGGGAGAGUCGCAGCAGGCGCAGGUCUGGGCGCGCCAAGCGCUUCGUGUCCAUCCCGCGCUACGUGGAGACCCUGGUGGUGGCGGACGAGUCCAUGGUCAAGUUCCACGGCGAGGACUUGGAGCACUACCUGCUGACGCUGCUGGCCACCGCGGCGCGCCUCUACCGCCAUCCCAGCAUCCUCAACCCCAUCAGCAUCGUCGUGGUCAAGGUGCUGCUCCUUGGAGACCGCGACGCGGGGCCCAAGGUCACAGGCAACGCGGCCUUGACGCUGCGCAACUUCUGUGCCUGGCAGAAGAAGCUGAACAAAGUGAGCGACAAGCACCCCGAGUACUGGGACACCGCCAUCCUCUUCACCAGGCAGGACCUGUGUGGAGCCACCACCUGUGACACGCUGGGCAUGGCUGACGUGGGCACCAUGUGCGACCCCAAGAGAAGCUGUUCUGUGAUCGAGGACGAUGGGCUCCCGUCAGCCUUCACCACUGCCCACGAGCUGGGCCAUGUGUUCAACAUGCCCCAUGACAACGUGAAAGUGUGUGAGGAGGUGUUCGGGAAACUCCGGGCCAACCACAUGAUGUCCCCAACGCUCAUCCAGAUCGACCGUGCCAACCCCUGGUCAGCCUGCAGCGCUGCCAUCAUCACCGACUUCCUGGACAGUGGGCACGGAGACUGCCUCCUGGACCAGCCCAGCAAGCCCAUCGCCCUGCCCGAGGACCUGCCGGGGGCCAGCUACACCCUGAGCCAGCAGUGCGAGCUGGCCUUCGGUGUGGGCUCCAAGCCCUGUCCCUACAUGCAGUACUGCACCAAACUGUGGUGCACCGGCAAGGCCAAGGGGCAGAUGGUGUGCCAGACCCGCCACUUCCCCUGGGCAGAUGGCACCAGCUGCGGCGAGGGCAAGUUCUGCCUCAAGGGGACCUGCGUGGAGAGACACAACCUCAAUAAGUACAGGGUGGACGGCUCCUGGGCCAAAUGGGAGCCCUACGGCCCCUGCUCUCGCACCUGUGGCGGGGGAGUGCAGCUGGCCAGGAGGCAGUGCAGCAACCCCACCCCAGCCAAUGGGGGCAAGUACUGCGAGGGAGUGAGGGUGAAGUACCGAUCCUGCAACCUGGAGCCCUGCCCCAGCUCAGCCUCUGGCAAGAGCUUCCGGGAGGAACAGUGCGAGGCCUUCAAUGGCUACAACCACAGCACCAACCGGCUCACCCUCACCGUGUCGUGGGUGCCCAAGUACUCAGGGGUGUCUCCGCAGGACAAGUGCAAGCUCAUCUGCCGAGCCAACGGCACCGGCUACUUCUACGUACUGGCACCCAAGGUGGUGGACGGUACGCUGUGUACCCCCGACUCGACCUCGGUCUGUGUCCAGGGCAAGUGCAUCAAGGCUGGUUGCGACGGAAACCUGGGCUCCAAGAAGAAGUUCGACAAAUGCGGGGUGUGCGGGGGAGACAAUAAGAGCUGUAAGAAGGUGACAGGACUCUUCACCAAGCCCAUGCACGGCUACAAUUUCGUGGUGGCCAUUCCCGCCGGCGCCUCGAGCAUUGACAUCCGCCAGCGCGGCUACAGGGGGCUGAUUGGCGAUGAGAACUACCUGGCCCUGAAGAACAGCCAAGGCAAGUACCUGCUCAACGGGCACUUCGUGGUGUCACCCAUGGAGCGGGACCUGGUGGUGAAGGGCAGCGUGCUGCGCUACAGUGGCACAGGCAUGGCUGUGGAGAGCCUGCAGGCCUCCCGGCCCAUCCUGGAGCCCCUGACCGUGGAGGUCCUCUCUGUGGGGAAGAUGACGCCGCCACGGGUCCGCUAUUCCUUCUAUCUGCCCAAAGAGCCCCGGGAGGACAAGUCCUCGCACUCCAAGGACCCCCGGGGUCCCCCCGUGCUCCACAACAGCGUCCUCAGCCUCUCCAAUCAAGUGGAGCAGCCGGAUGACAGGCCCGCUGCGCGCUGGGUGGCGGGCAGCUGGGGGCCGGCGGAGACGCGAGCCUGUGGGGACCCCUGCCCGACCUGGGAGCUCGGGGCCUGGUCGCCCUGCUCCAAGAGCUGUGGCCGUGGCUUUAAGAGGCGUCCACUCAAGUGUGUGGGCCGCGGAGGGCGGCUGCUGGCCCGGGACCAGUGCAACCUGCGUCGGAAGCCCCAGGAACUGGACUUCUGCAUCCUGAGGCCGUGCUGAGUGGGAUCUACGGUGCUGCCGGUGUUCUGGCCAGCGGGAGCUGUGGACAGGGGGCCCACACCACGAUGUCACCACAUCCAGGGACAAGGAUCAUGGGUGGGAGCGAGCGGUUUCCUCCUACGCCCGGGCCUGGGCGGGGAGCUAAGUCACUAACACACAGUCUACCUCACACCUGGCUCCUCCAGGGCCCAGUCUCGGGAGAGGCUGAGAGGUGCGGGUGCUGGGCAAGAAGGUGCUGGGGCCCAGUUUCCAAGAGACCUGGAGGGUGGCCACUCCCAGGCAGACUUCAGGGACCUGGGCCCCCGUCGGGGAGGCCACAGGCUGCCGGAAGGGCCAUGGCCCAGCAGCUGGCACCCUCAGGUGGCCCCGGGGGCUCUGAGCCAUCUCUGAACAAGGUGCUUUUAGCCCACUUUCCUUUUCUGACCGCCAGACUGAACCAUGCACAUGGGCUAGGGGUGAGCAGGCGUGGAGGGAGAGUGAGUCCGGGCCACUCUUCUUGAGAAGGGCUGGAUGUAUGGGGGGAGUCCUGAGGUUCCUCAUCUUCCUUCUACUCUGGGCCCCCCUUUAAAGAGACACCUCUUCUCCUGUGUCAUCCAGGCCUCCAGCGAGAGGGCUGUCACACCAGUGUCCUCCGAGGCUCCGCGGGAAGGGAUAGGACGUCGAUAGGGAGCCCGUUGUCUUCACGAGGGAUCCGACCAUUUAAAAAAAAAUGCUGGAACGUAUAAGGGGAGAUGGAUUCUGUGGCUGAAGCAGGGGGUUUGGGGAGAGAUCUCGAGGGCUCUUCGGUCCCUGCGGCUGGGCUGAGCCUGGGGGAAUGUCACCCUAGGGUGGGAGGAGGAGGCCCGGGUUCUGAUGGCUUCCUCCUCCAGGGAGGCAGGUGUCAAUCAGGCUGAUGCCUUCGGCUCUGCGUCGCCUUCCCAGUGGUCAGGGUCCCGGGCCUACUAAGAGGGCGUGGGGUGUGCCCAGGAGGGCCGGUGCUGAAACUCCACAUGCCUGCAGGUUGGUCCUCAUCCGGACAGCUCCAUGCAGUCUGGCUUGGGCAUGUCACGUGGCAUCCCGGGCUGUGGUUUCUGCAGUUGGAAAAUGGGAUUCACUAGUUGCUACCUCAGGCUGUACUCUCGGGGAACCCCGCCUUGGCCCUCCCCCGGGGCAGCAGUGAUGUCCUGGUGCUUCCAGAAGACCCGGUUGCCGCGUCCUCUGUAGACUGAGCUGUCCAGGCACAAAAAUGCGCUCGGGUGCAUGGCUCUCUGCUGUCCACAGCCUGGCCACUCACUGUGGCUCCAAAUACACAGACAGGUGCCCUCUCUCAGGUGCCCUGGCCGCAGGGGACACCAAGAAUCGAUCACCUGACCCAGGGGCCUUGAUAACCACCAGUGGGAGCGGCUGGCGAGCUGUCUACCUUGGAGAAAUGUUAGGGGAGUGGAAAGCAGGGCGCUCCUACAGCUCCAAGUGGGGAGAUGUUUUGGGGUUGGGUCCUUUGGCCAAGUAGGGUCUUUAUGAGGCCUCGGCUGCACCAGGAUGCACACAGAAGGUUCUAUUUCUGAGCGUAGGUAAGAGUCCUGGACUUCAGCGAGGUGACAUCAGGGCAGGUGUCUUCAUUCGGUUUCCCCUCUUAGUCAGAAUCCGAAAACCAGCCGGGCAGCCAGGCGGGCCUCUGGGAUGGCGUUCUCACCCCAGUCUAACGCUGGCUGAGCCCUGGCGCAGAGCCCCCUGGAGCAGGGGGCGUGCUGAGCUUGGAGGCGGGGCUGCAGUCUCCCUGGGAGACCAAGGGAGGAGGGUUCCUUGUCCCGCAGGAGUGAGCGCUAGAGGCUGCAGGGCUAAGAGGAGCCCAGGGUGCCAGGCUGGACACAGACCUGCCGACCGACAGCAGCACUGCGCCCUGUGCCUGGUGCACCCGUCCUCGGCAGCGAGGAGAGGGGGCCG